AUGCCGUCUCCUAAAGUUUGGUUCAUUACUGGAUCCUCCAGCGGCUUUGGUCGGAACAUGACCGAACUAGUGCUGGAGAAGGGCGAUAUCGCCGUCGCCACCCUCAGAAAGCCAGAGGUCAUCGCUGACCUCGCGGCCAAGUACAGCUCCGACCAGUUGCUCGUCAUCAAGCUCGACGUCUCGAAGCCGCAAGAGGUCACAGCCGCGUUUGCUGAAGCCGUGCAGAAGUACGGGCGUAUCGACGUGGUGUUCAACAACGCCGGGUACGGCAUCCUCGCCGAGGUGGAGGGAACACCGGAUGAGCAAGCGCGUGCGAUGUUCGACGUGAACUUCUUCGGGGCCGCGAACGUCAGCAGGGAGGCCGUGCGUAUCUUCCGCGACGUCAACAAGCCACAGGGCGGCCGACUGCUGCAGAUGAGCUCGGUCGCCGUCUACGCCAGCUCCGCAGCCAUGGGCUACUACUGUGCGAGCAAACGCGCAUUCGAGGGUUUGAGCGAAGGACUUGCUGCCGAGCUGGACCCGGACUGGAACAUAAAGAUCACUAUUAUCGAGUCCGGGGGUUUCAGCACGUCGGGAUUGCGGAGCAUCUUCCGCGUGGACCCUCACCCUGCCUAUACAAAGCCGACAUUGACACCGGCCAUCGUCAGGAAGUACCUGGCUAGUGAUACCUUCCCUCCGGGGACCCCUUCAGCUGCGGGAGCAGUAGACGUGAUCUACAAGAUCGCUGCGCUGGAGAACCCCCCAUUGAAUUUUCCACUGGGGAAAGAUGCUGUGGGAACGGCAAAGAAGAAGACGGGCGAACUGCUCGCGAAUGCGGAACAGUUCGCGUCGUGGUCGGAGGACUUGCCUGUGGCUGCGUGA